AUGUUGCUCAACGAGUGUCUUGGUGGGCUGGCCAGUUUCUUGUCAAGAGCAGAUAAGGGGAGAGACUUUCAUCUGUCACUACGUGUUCCCCCUUUCUAUGAUGAUGACGGUUCUCUGGUUGGGAUCAUUUCUAUCACAAGUCAAACAGCAGGGUAUAUGAACCCGAGAACCACUUCCCGGCGCAAGAAGAUGAAACGAGCUCUAUCCCUGCAAGGACUAGUUUUGCCUCAUCCGAUACAAUUUGCUAUCGCAUCAAAGUUGAGCAACAAGGUCAGGUCGAAAAUGCGAGCAGGUGAUACUAGUGUCACACUCUCUGAGGGUGGCAGUGGGGACAGUCAUCAUGGUGUCUUCGGUGCUACUCUCUCUGACCACAGGGACGAUGCAGCAUCAAGUGGUGCCACCACACCAAGAGGGGAUAUUAUCCACGCUCCAUUUGUUGUAUUCACAUGUAACGGUGAAAGGCCCUUCAAAGACUCAAGUGAUGGAAAGUAUGCAAUUCAGAAGGUUUUCACCUCAAAAGCUGAAGAAUGGAUGGCCUAUGGUGUUACGCCUGAAAGCAAUAACGAGGAUUCUAGUAUGUGGUCUUCCUCUAUAAAUGCGUACUGCUUGGAAUAUGAUCUUUUAUGGGACGAUUUGACAAUCGGACAACACAUUGGACAAGGUUCACGCGGAACUGUCUAUCACGGUCUCUGGUUUGGAUCUGAUCUAGCUGUAAAAUUGUUCUCCAAACAAGAAUGCUCAGAGGAGGUCAUGCAAUCUUUUAGACAAGAGUGGAAGUCUCUUCCAUCUACUGCAGAGAAGUACGCCAGAGGUGGAUUGGAGACGGCGUAUCCAGAUUGCCUUGGACAUUGUGAGUAUUGGGUUACACGUUUGUUCAUUAGACAUCGACAAUGGGUGGAGCCAUGCUUUGCCGGUGUGCUAAUGUGUCAAUCAUCCAACGAGGCAUAUGACGGGGAAGAUGUCAGUUCUCUCCAAUGGUUUAAAAGUAGCGGUGAAGUGCAUGGAAUACGCAGUCCAAGUAGAGACAUACAGACACUCUAUGAAGCCAAAAACCUCGUCGUCAACGUAGAUUGGAGCUCUCCUCUUGGACCUUGUCGCUGGAAGUGGAAUGUUCACUAA